AUGUAUUGGAUAGACCGCAUCGUCAUUGCGACGAUUGCCUUUGCCGUCCUCGUCUACGUCCUCUGGGCCGCCCCACGCUACCUCGAUCCCACUGGGAGCGACCCCGUCAAGCAGGACCGCGACCGCCGCUGGGUCAACACGAGUCCCUACUUUGUCGACCGCCAGGCCUGCCGCUGGCUGACCCUCUGCGGUCUGCACCACCUCCGUGCCGACCCGGCCCGUCGCGACUACCGCCACAAGAAGCACGGUGGUAAUGGCCGCCUGCCGCCCCCACCCGAUGUCGGCGGCGGUGGUGGUGGUGGUCAUCACAAGCCUACGUCCCGCCGCGAUAUCCCCGACUUCGUCUUCAAGCAUGCACCGCUCGUUCACCUCUACUCGGGCGAGCAGUUUUGGCCCUCGGAUAUGCGCGACCACAUCACACACAUGGACAUCCAGCUCAACUCGACCCUCGUCGACGACGCCGCGCCCUGGGAUCUCGACAGCAUGAGCAACCUCAACAACCUUGACGGGAGCGUCUUCCUCUACAGCAAAAAUGACGUCGAGAGCCGCCCGCCCUGGCUGCAUAGCCGCUACAACGUACCCGCCGCGUUCCCCGCCGACGCCGCCGACGCGGAGCCUGCUGCGCUCGAUGAGACAGCGUCCGCCACCACCACGCCUCACCACCCCCACACGCGGCCUUCCACAUAUGGCCAGUCGCGGGCUGUGCACAAUCUGCCGACGCAACAAAAGGUUCUGGCCGGCGCCGCGCAUAAGCAGCAACAGCAGCCGCUGGCGCCGCAGGGUCACAAACCUGACGCCCACGGCUACUCCGCCGCGCCGGCCGUCCUCGUCCUGGUCGACAAGGAGGACGGCAUACUGGAUGCCUUCUGGUUCUUCUUCUACUCGUACAACCUCGGACAGACAGUUCUCGCCAUGCGCUUCGGCAACCACGUGGCCGACUGGGAGCACUGCAUGGUGCGCUUCAAGCACGGCGUGCCCCAGGGCAUGUACCUCUCCGAGCAUGAGGGCGGCCAGGCCUACGCUUGGGAGGCCUUGGAAAAGCGCAACGUAACGUUUAACGGCGUCCCCGACGCGGCCGAGCGCCCCGUCAUCUACUCGGCGACGGGCUCCCAUGCCAUGUACGCCACACCUGGCGACCACGCCUACAUUCUGCCCUUCAAGAUGCUCAAGGACGUGACCGACGAGGGUCCCCUGUGGGACCCGUCCCGCAACCACUAUGCCUACUUUUACGACUAUCAGUCCGACGACGACUUUCACCCCGACAGUACCCAGCCGCUCCUCCACGCCGCCGGCCCGGCCUCCUCUGACAAACCAGAGAGCCUUACGCCGGCCGCCACCAACCCUGACGCGCCCACGUCGUGGUUCCACUUCCGCGGCCGCUGGGGCGACGGCGUCUACCCGCUCGCCGACGUCCGCCAGUGGCGCCUCUUUGGACAGUACCACUACGUGUCCGGUCCGCAGGGCCCGAAAUUCAAAAACCUCGGCCGCCAGAAAAUGUGUCUGGCCAACAAGUGCCGCAUUCGCCAUGAGCGUGACGGCUCGGGCACGUGGUAUUGA